AUGCGAAAAUUGUCAUCUUGCAGGACUUCCGUGUACAUUCUCUCCACCGGCAACUCAGCUCCGGAAGAGGAGCUUGCCGACACCAAAGCGCGUGUCCGGGAAUUAGAGGCGAAACUUGUUGCAUUUCGAGAACACACUAAACAUAGCCACAGUGGGCUGGUGCCCCCUAGCAGAGGUACUUCCCCGGUGCCGCUCAGUCCGCUUUCCCAGGCUUCUUCAUACACAUCUUCAGCAGUGACUUAUCUGCCUGAUACACGCGAUUUUGAUACCGCGUUGGCUGCGUUUCAAUGGCAUGUUUCAUACUGUGGGCUCGGAAGUCCUCUUUCGACCCAAAGAGCAGCAUUCUACUCGCUCAUUCAACAGCAGACGGGGUGCACAUUCAAUAUGGACGUUUUUGCACAUGAGGUCACUCAGUUGUUCCAAUCACAACAUCUCAAGUCAUCGAGAAAGUCCAUUGGGUUGAAGUGGCCGGCAUCUGCUCUGGUUCAGCGAUGCCUGGAGUACUUUGACAGGAAUGGGCUCUAUUCCAUAUUUCCAAUUGUCGAUGUCGAGGCUAUGCAGAUUCUCCUCAAUGCAAAUACUCUAGACCAGCCGCCAAGCAUGACUCGUGCUUCUAACCGGGCUUGUCUGGCUGCCUUUGCUGCAAUGAUCACUCAAAUUCAUCGUCAUGAGAAUGCCUUUGCCGGCUCUGAUCCCGAUGCUUAUAUGCAAGCAGCGCUAACACUUCUCCCUGAAGUCAUGCUGGAACCUCCUGACCUGAGGACCCUAGAAGCAGUGACAAUUAUGAUGCUCUAUGUCACUCCUCUUGGCCGACCCCAAGCAGGAGAACUACUCCUUGGUGUGGCAGUGCAGCUUAUCUAUAAUCUCGGUGCAAACAGAAUACAAACACCCCAUGAGAUACACCGGACAGAUCAGCGCAGCCAGCAUCUGCGAGCUCUAUUCUGGCAUUGCUAUGCCAUCGACAAAGAAUUCUCCAUCCGAAAAUCCCAACCACCUUUGAUAAACGAUGACGACUGUGAUUUGGAUCUGCCUACGACAUACGCCCAGAAGACAUCAGAACGCCACUUUUACAUGAAACCAUUAUCAUCUAAGGAGCUUCUGUUCCCAUCAGAUCUCCGUUUUUCUUUGCUCAAGUCGAAGAUCUUCCGGCUUUUGUAUUCAGUGCAUGGUCUAGCCCUGCCCGAAGCAAGACGCCUUCAACAUAUCCGCGAACUAGAUCAAGAAUUGAGUGACUUGAAACAAGGUUAUCCUGUCGACUGUCGGCCAGAUGCAUUUGCGACUGAGAGCGCACCGGAAUACCUCUUCCACGAUCUCAGUAUCCGUGGUGUAAACAUUCACAUGGAAUAUUAUUAUUGUCUAGGCAAGAUUCACGGAGCGAGCAGUUCUUGCAGGAUAGCAUCCCCACAAAGCUGGUCGCCCCUCCCUUCGAGUGCAGAGCUAUGCUUUGAAGCCGCACGAUCCUCCCUAAUCUAUAUAUGGCGAGUCCGCCAAUUCGUGAACCAUCAUACCUUCUGGAUCCAUGCCCAAUUCCUCCUCGCAGCUGUAUUCUCCGUCUUCUGGUAUCUCAUCACAUUCCCAACUUCUGCAACAUUCACCAGGGAUUUGAAGACUUUGGAGGAUAUAGCGAGGCUUUUCGCUGAACUAAACAAGCCCAAUGAUGAAGGACAGACUUUCCCGCCAUUUUAUCUGGCACGGGUUUUCAUUGAGAAGUUGGUCUCGCUGGCGAGGCAUUCUUUGCCUAAGAUUGCGGGACAAUGA